AUGUCAAGAUGGCGGAGGUCAAGCUCGAUGCUAUUCACAGUGACAUUGAUAUCAAAGGUUACACUGAUGUUAGCCCAAUCGGCUUUGGAUGAAGCCAUCAAGAUCAAAGAUCUUUUUUGGAGAGAAAAGGCUAAUGAUUUUGAUAUGGUGGAUGAGGUUAUUCCUCGGUUGAUCAAUGGCCAAAUUAACGACAUGCUUAUUAUGCUUCCCACAUUGGAGGAGGUGCUCUAUGCAGUGCUUAGUCUUAAUAAGGAGAGUGCGCCUGGUCACGACGACUUUGACCGAAAGUCACUCAUUUUCAGGCUAUUGUGGACAAAAUUCGUUGCAAGCUUACGUCGUGGAAAGCUAAAUUCCUGUAUUGCUGGGAGAGUCCUUCUUGUUGGGACGGUUAUUCAGAGAGUGUUGCUGCACACAAUGAUGAUAUAUUCUUGGCCUGUUUCCUUGCUUCGGUUCAUUGAGAGAUGGUCUAGAAACUUUAUUUGGUCCGGGGAUACAGAUUCUCGUAAGCUAGUUACUGUCGCUUGGAAAUAUUGUUGCAAGAAGAAGGAGACGGGAGGUCUUGGCUUAAAGUCUUUCGUUGUUCUAAAAGAAGCGGCAGGUUUAUUAAAUUGUUGGGAUUUUGUCAAUUCUCAGGGGCAAUGA